AAAACCGGACCGUGCCGUUGCGAAAGCGCUUCAUACAGUCCAUUUGGAUGCCGUCAUUCUACAUUUUCAGCAUGUUAUGAUGAUUCUCGAAGAUUUUCCAAAAGUGUUUGCUCAGCUUCUAAUACUUUUUCUAAUAUGCAGUAUUCGAGCAAAUGCCCUCGUUUCAAGGAUCUCAACUGACUGUGACAUCGAAUUUGCUGAAUCUGCCACCAAACUAGCAUCCGAACAUAUAACAGACCCAGCAGUUGUACAAUACAUUCAUGCAGUUAUGUCUUCUUGCAACAAAGCUCCAAUUCAAAAAAUGGCAGAAACUUCAGUGUUUUUGUUAGAAAAAAGAACGAUAACUCCAAAAGUAAUGCAUCAAAUAAGAGAAACUUAUGAGAAGAUUCAAAAGAAGAAAGAAGGAGAAUUGAGCAGGAAAAUGAAUCGUUUACCACCAGAGUUAUACAGUACCGCUCAGAAAAUUAAAACAAUAUCUACAUCGGGUGGAUUGAGUGGCAAUGAACGAGUUCAGCACAUUGAAAUGGCUCUUGGAGCUCUUCCCUCGUCUUAUCAACGACAAAUUCUUGAAAUUUUAAAAGAAACUCCUCCGAAACUCGAUGGUGCCACUUUUGAGAAACCUGAAAAACCUAUUGAGGUAACCUCACUGCCACCAUCAUUUGCAAUUCCAAAAAAUACGGAAUCAAAUGAAAACCAGAGAAUGUUCAUGGUUCCUGAAAGACAAGAAUUUCCAGAAGAAGAUCAUCAUUUUGAGCAGAAACUCACAUUUCCAAAAGAACAACUAAUGGUUCCACGUGUCAAUAUGCCAUUUCAAUCACAGGAGAAACGAAUUCAAAUCCAUCCUCAAUCAAUAAGUGGCUCACAACAAAAUGUUCUUUUCCCUGAUCUACCACCAACCAGACCUAUUGAACCAACCGUCAGUAACCAAGCAUCUGGACUACGGGGCCUGCUAGAAAAUCCAAAUUUCGACAGCCUAAUAAGCUCAAUUGUUCAAAAAGGUGCAAAGAUUGCAGAAGGACCUCUACCACAAACGGUUGGAGCCGUUGAUCAUACAAAACUCUCAUCUAGUGAGAUGGGAAUUUUGAGUCCUGCAAUGUGGUCAGACGCAGCUAAAUUUCUAUCUAGAAGUGCUAAUGAUUUGCCAACUGCUCUUUCAAAGUUCAUUGAAAACAGUUCCCAAAAUCUACCACAAGUUCUAAUUCCAAGUGGUAACCAAAUUCGGCAGUCUCCUGUGAAAAACUUCCAAGAUUCAUUUCUACCGACGCGCCGACAGAAUGAUGGAGCUCUUGAUAAAUAUGAUACUCAUGUUGACCGGUUUGCAUCCACUGGACCAGCAAAUUCAAUCAAGAUUCAAGGAGAUCUAUCAAAUCUUCAACUUCCACCAACUAGAAACACUGGAAACAUUGCAAUUCAGCCAUCAAAAGUUGAUUCAAUAGUUGGCGCAAUGCCAACAAUGCCUCCAUCGGCAGGUUACGGUACUUAUGCUCCAGCACCAACAGCAAUUAUUCCAAAAGUAAUUGAAAGAAUUCUAUCUCCGGAAGAGAUUACUGGAUCUUAUCGACAACAACAAAUUCGCCCAAUUUACAAUCAAAGAAUGCCAAAUGGCCAACUUCGAAACGUGCAAAUCGAUCUAGUCAAUGAACAAAGAAAAUUGUAAUGUAUGAAUAAGUUAUGAGAUAUUUGAAUGAAUUGAUUUUUUGAAAAUGUUACAAAGAAAAAUUGAAAAAACAAA